CUGCCAAUAUGUCAAACUCCUCGGUUUGUUGUGCUUUUGAGUCCCCCACUUUAAAGCAGGUCCUCCCCCCUGUACUGUUUAUAGAAUUCAUUUUUGGCCUCACAGGGAAUGUUAUGGCCCUUGCCAUGUUUGCUUUACACAUGGAGAGCUGGAAGCCUAACUCCAUCUACCUGGCACAUCUGGCUGUGGCCGACUCAGUGGUGCUGUUCUGCCUGCUAUUCAGAGCCGACUACUACCGCAGGGGCCAGAACUGGAUCUUUGGAGAUGCCUUCUGCCGCAUCCUGCUCUUCCUCCUUGCAGCGAACAGGGCCGCUGGCAUCUUCUUCCUCACUGCUGUGGCUGUCGACCGUUACCUGAAAAUUGUGCAUCCACUUCAUCGCAUAAAUCGGAUGAACCUGAGUUACGCCAUGUGGGUCUCUGCAGGCUUAUGGGCAGUUAUUAUAGCCAUGACAGCCUACUUGCUGGGCUCACCACACUUUUUCAUCGUCGGCAGCCACAUUCAGUGCGAGAGCUUCAACAUAUGCUUGGACAACGGUCCGCUUUCAAUAUGGCACAACACCUUUUAUGUGCUCCAGUUCUGUGUGCCAGGCAGCAUCAUCAUCUACUGCACAGCCUGUAUUACAUGGCAGCUGAAAACCAAGACAAUGGACACCACAGGCAAAAUCAAGAGGGCUGUCCAGUUCAUUUUUGUUGUUGCCAUGGUGUUCCUUGUCAGCUUCUUUCCAAGCACUGCCUCACGGGUCGCUGUUUGGAUCCUGAAGGCCUGGUACCAGGAGUGUUCAUACUUCAGUGAGGCAAAUCUGGCAUUUUAUACUUCAGUCUGCUUCACCUAUUUAAAUAGUAUGCUAAAUCCUCUGGUUUACUACUUUUCCACUCCUGCAUUCAGUGGUAUCAUCCAGAAAUUUUUCAGGAGACUUACAGGGCAAAAAGAAGAGGUGACUUCAGGGAACACAAGUGUGUCUACAGUAGCAAGUGAAUAAAGUAAAUGUAAACAAAAUAUGUGGAAAAUGUUGUUACCUGAUAGGUGCAUUUUGUUAUAGUGAUCAUUCAAAUUGUUAUGAUGUGUAUAUAUAACAGCUUUUCAUAGUUCAGUUUGCCAAAGACAAAAAAUAACAACCAAUACUGUACUAUUUACCAUUUUGGUGGGACAGAACAAAUGGUAGAAAUAAUAACUCGGUAGACCACUACAUUUAUACUAUAAGGAAAUACUGGAUGUGUUCAACAUCAUGUGACAUGUGAAUUCAUAUUGACUUGCAAAGUGUCUGACUGCAUGCCAAGCUUAACAUCAAUGAGACAGUUUGCAUAUCUUGUCAUUUAUGUAAAUCUUAUUACUUUGAACCAAAAAUGUAAAAGUAGUGACUUUCCCUUCUAGGAAAAGUGUUUGUUCCAGAAUAAGAAGGCUGAUUAUUUUAUAGGUAGUUUAUUAAUUCUGUAGGAGCAUGUAAACAAAAAUUGUAAUCUACCAACUUUUGUGAGAAGAAAAAUUGAUAUAAAAUUCCGCAUACAUGUUUGUACCUAUUUCACACUGAGCACCAAAUAUGAGAACCUUGUAGCAUGAAUGUUCAAUUAAUAGGCCAAAUUCUGCUACUCAAACAUGGGCUCAUGAGAAUGCAAAUUAAUGUCCAUUCUAUGAAUGCGCAGCAACACUACAGUACACUUGUGCAUGCUAAUACUCUUUGUUUCUGUAAGGGUUCUUGGUUAAAUUUAAUAAAUAGUCACAAACAUGUAGGUCAAUAAUGCAUGGAUCAUAUUACACAUACUACUGUAUAACUUAAACAAUUGAAACUGGUUUUCAUUUGAAAUUGACAAUUUGCUGUUAAUGAUCUUAUUUCCUGUCUGAUAAAAAUGCCCCAUUAAACCUCAAUCUCUUCCACAUGUGAAGGUCAUCUGUGGUUGAUACACAUAGAUUAAACCAUUAUAAAUUUGCAUAUUUUGCAUGUGCAUUGCAUCAGAAAGUGUGUGUGUGUGUGUGUGUGUGUGUGUGUGUGCAAGAAGAAAUGGUUAGAGUAUGCCUUAUAUUUUAUUGCUUAGACCCAGUAAACUAAUAUAAUAUUAAAAUUUAUUAAAUUAUUUAAAUUAUUUCUCUUAUUUGGAAUUAAAUACAGAAAUACAGAUUUAUUGUUCUGUAAUUAUUGGAAAGCUAUUGAAAUUUAAAUUUAAAAAAACAAUGGAGUACUAAAUAAUUUAUCUUGUGUACUUGCACUCUUAGUAGCUGGAGAGCAGUUCAAACCAAAAAGUCCGAGACCACAUUGAAAAUCUGGGAUGUUUUUUACUAGUUGGAAAUAAACACAAGGAUUUAGAAUUUUUUAAAUAUUUAAAACAAAGAAAUUAAAUGUUCAAUAUCUUUCUGCACUAUUUCUAGGCCCUAAUUUAAUUUUGAGCAAAUUUGUGAUAUUUACCAUGUUAACUGCUUUGUACAAAUUUCCUCAUGCCUAAUCUCUUCUAUUGAAGCAUGUGUUCAGACAAUACUCUGAUGGAUUUGAUGUAAACUGGAUCAUACGUUUUUGCACAAACUUGUGGAGUCCAUGCCAGCUCGAGUGCACACUGUCAUUAAUGCAAAAAUGGGAUGUAUCAAAUACUAAGAAACUGGGAAAUUCACAUAAAUAUUUCAAAGGUUCUACUUUUCACUCAAGAUUUUGCUACACAAAUCAUUUGUAAUGAAAAUUGCUGUAUUAAUUGCUGUAUUAAUUUAGAAAAAAAAAUGCAAAGUAGAAGCAUUUUCACUAGUAGACUACUAGACCCCACUGUAUCUACUGAUCUUAUGGUGAUGUAGAAGCCAUUGUUUCAUCUCUAGGUAGGAUGCUGAUAUAGUUAUUGGAAUGUCAU